AUAAAAAUGUCAUUCUUCCAGAAAUGAAAGUGAAAGUUUGUCAGAGUGAUUCCUGAAUUGCUGUGAAGGAAAACGUCCCUGUUUCCUUUUGAAGACAAACGAAGUUCAUGUUUUUCUUCUGGUCCUGAGUUCAGACAUGUCUUCUGGCAGCAGCCUGCGGUCUGAGGAUUAGUUUCUGUGCUCCAUCUCUCUGGACGUGUUCACUGAUCCAGUCAGCACACCAUGUGGACACAACUUCUGCAAGACCUGCAUCACUCAGCACUGGGAUGGAAAUGGCCCCUAUAAGUGUCCUCUGUGUAAUGAGCUUUUCACCCCUAAGCCUGAGCUGAGAGUCAACACCUUCAUCAAAGAGAUUGUUGAUCAGUUCAGACUUAAAGCUCAGCAGGAAGCCAGCAGCAGCUCAGAGCAACAAGCUGCCAAACCAGGAGAAGUUCCCUGUGACGUCUGCACUGGACCCAAACUGAAGGCCCUGAAGUCCUGCAUGGUGUGUCUGCUCUCCUACUGCCAGACUCACCUGGAGCCUCACCUGACCGCUCCACGUCUGAAGAAACAUCAGCUGAUGGAGCCGGUGGAGAACCUGGAGGACAGGAUGUGUCUGCAGCACGAUAAACCUCUGGAGCUGUUCUGUAGGACCGACCAGACAUGCGUCUGCUUGGUCUGCUCUGUUUUUGACCACAAGAACCACGAGUUUGUUCCUCUGAGAGAAGAAUCUGAAGGAAAGAAGGCAGAGCUGAGGAAGACGGAGGCUGAAGUUCAGGAGAUGAUCCAGGAGAGACGACUGAAGAUCCAGGAGAUCAGAGAGUCGGUGAAGAUCAGUAGAGAUGCUGCAGACAGAGAGAAAGCAGAAGGUGUUCAGGCCUUCACAGCUCUGAUGGAGUCUGCUGAGAGAGGCCUGAAGGAGCUCCUCAAGGAGAUCCAAGACAAACAGGAAACUACAGAGAAACAGGCUGAAGACUUCAUCAGAGAUCUGGAGCAGGAGAUCUCUGAGCUGAAGAAGAGGAGCUCUGAGGUGAAGCAGCUCUCACAGGAUGAAGAUCCCCUCCACCUCCUCCAAAGCUGCUCCUCCCUGAAAGCUGCUCCACCCACCAAGACCUGGACAGAGGUCAGAGUUCAUCCACCAUACUAUGAGGGGACUGUGGUGAAAGCUGUGGUUAAGCUGGAGGAGAAGAUUGGGGAGAAGAUAAAGGAGCUACUAAAGGCUGAGCUGAAGAGGGUCCAACAGUUUGCAGUGGAUGUGACUCUGGAUCCUGAUGCGGCUCAUCCUAACCUCAUCCUGUCUGAUGAUGGGAAACAGGUGAAACUUGGAGAUGUGAGGAAGAAUCUCCCAGACAAUCCAGAGAGAUUCUCUAAGUGUGUGAAUGUUUUAGGACGACAGAGUUUCUCUUCAGGCAGAUUUUACUUUGAGGUUCAGGUUAAAGGAAAGACUGACUGGGAUUUAGGAGUGGCCAGAGAGUCCAUCAAGAGGAAGGGAACCAUCAACCUGAGUCCUAAGAACGGUUUCUGGACUAUUUGGUUGAGAAAUGGAAAUGAGUAUUUAGCUCUAGCUGGACCUCCAGUCCGUCUCCAUCUCCAUCCUGGUCCUCAGAAGGUCGGGGUGUUUGUGGAUUAUGAUCAGGGUCUGGUCUCCUUCUAUGAUGUAGAUGCUGCAGCUCUGAUCUACUCCUUUACUGGCUGCUGCUUCAAGGAGAAACUCUACCCGUACUUCAGUCCUUAUCUUAAUGAUGGAGCUAAAAACUCUGAUCCUCUGUCCUGUUGGUCAGGAUGA